CCUUCUUGCAGGCAUUCAUAAUAAAAAGGAAGAGGCUGACUGCUUCGGAAGUCAAGACUUUGGAGAGAAAGGUGAAGCAAGUCCUGUCAAAAAGAUCAGCAGCAGAAUCAUGGCAGUUGACAAAGCAAAGCUCCAAGAAGUUGCCAUCAAGGGCUUGAAAGUUCUACGGUCCAUUGCUCAGUCUGCAUCAAAAGCUUGCCCAGCUUUAAGUAUUGCCAGUUCCUUGAUUGGGGUGAUUUUGAAUUUUGUCGACCACGACGACAGCUUGGAGAAGCUUCAAAAGAACUUCCAGGAGAUUCACAAUGGCCUUAAUGACCUCUCAGAGCAGGCCGACCAGGUGAUAAGAAACAUCAAGAAGGAGAAAAGUGACGAACAAUUCGGCGAAGUGGUGGACGUUAUCAAGCAGCAGUACGAAAAAUACGAAGAGAUGAUCAACGCCCCACCAGAAGAGAUGAAGAGCAAAGCUGAGGAGUUUAAGGAUGUAUGCAAUAAAACGCUGGGCGACCAGCGUCUGAACACAUUGUAUGAGAGCGUGAUGGGAAAAAAUAAGAUGGCUUCUGACCCCAUCCUGAAGGUGUACAAAGAGUACUCAGGCAACGAACGUGACACCAUGUUCCAGCUCUGCGACGAACUGCUCUACCUGCUCUGCAUCGGCUGUGUCUCCGUGAUAGCCAAAGCUAACCUUGAUGGCGGAAACGAGGAGAGAAAGUGGGAGGAAAACUUACAUCUUGCAUGCAAAGAGAUAGAGAAAGCUCUGGAAGGUUGCAAAUAGGGAGCUUUCUUCAUCUUGAUAGGUCUGUGCGCAUUUACCAGAAACACCUGUUAGUUAUUUGUUAGCUAUAAAACUCCAAACUGCAUUCUUGCUUGUUUUGUGACAAAUCCUGUUCUGCCAUGUUCUAAUUGGCCAGAUACACCUGAUCCAGUUAUUCAGACAUGAGUAGAGCAAAGGUAUCUGGGAACAAAGUGUGGAUGCACUGGCCCCUGAGGCCCCUUUGAAAUGGGCUCUGGCUCCACAGGGCUUCACUAAAUGAUGAAUCAAAGGCUUUCUGACACAAAUCUAAAAAACUUGCUGACUUUUUUUUCCAGACUCCAACUCUCUUUGGUGGAACUUUACUGUCAACUUUUGCAACACGUUUCCAACUGACAUAAAGACAAAAACAGAAAUAAAUAUUUUGUUUUUUUACUUUCCAGUACACUGCAGGAGUGAGUCGUGUUCCGUGUGAUGAUUGAGCAUCUGAGUUUUGUGCCUCAUAUAUUGUACUUUAUACAAACAUAUAUACCAUAAACUCUACGAUUCAGAUGUUGCUGUUCUAAAAACGUUGUACUUUUUCUGCAACUAGUCAGAGAGGCAUUGAAGGGCCGAUGACAGCGAAGUGUGAAAAUCUAAACCAUCAUUUUUUUCUUUUCUUUUUUUCUCAUUCCAUCUUUUCAGCAAUUCCUCAGUGAGCCAGUAGCUUUACUACACUUAACAGGUUUUGAAUGUUUUACGUUUCAUAAUUAUUUGUCUUUGAAUGGAUCUCCAGGUUUCAUUUUGCUGCAGAAGAUAUUAAGGGAAAAUCUUUGGAGGCUUUUUCAUUUAUAUUCCUCUUAUUAUGGUGUUUAUGCAUCGUGUUUGCUUCUAUGCAUGCUACUGCAAAUUAGAAAACAGAGAGCUGGUUUGAACUGUUUUCGUUUUUAGAUACAGGGUUUUCAGUUAUUGACAAAAAUAAUUGUCGAAUAUUUUCUUCUUGGAACCAAAAACCACCAUGCAAACAGGCAGUUAUAUGUUUUUCAUUUUCAAAUAUUUCUUUAAUUGCUGUGUUUUGUAUUUGGAAACCAAAAAUAAAGCAGCAGAAGUCA